UUCGACUUGUCAACGACCAACAAACCGCGCUGUUAGUACUUACAUACAUACUCUACCACACCACACGUUGGAACCUCCAAGCUAUCUGGCAACCGAGCAAACGUGCGGUACAGUAGAGCACCACACAAAGCAAAGCGGUUUCGGUGGGAAGAGGAAGUCUCACUAAUUUUUUGGAAAUUUUCCACCACUUCGUUGUGCUGCAGCUGCGUCGAUUCGUAAUAUUUAGCUGAAUUCUGUACACACACGUGUAUACAUAUCUACGAGAAUAUUAAAGCAGCACACAUUGUGGGAAAAUCGCUAAAAUGGUGCUGACGAACUUUGAGUGCUGGGCACAUGGUGGUGGUGCUGUUGUUGGCAGCGAUGGCUUUGCGCUUGACUCACGUCACGUGGAUAUGUUCAAUACGCGUAUGGUGCAGCAGCGCUUAAACAACGCAACCGGAAUAGCGGCCGUGUCGCACAUCUCCUCGAAUGGCUAUUAUGGAUUUUCCUAUGUAAAUGCAGCGCAUGAGUCGGCUGAUGACAACAGUCACAACAACAACAACAACAACGACAACAUUAAUAAUACGAAUAUUAACCUUAACAACAACAACAACAAUAACAACAGAUGUGUGCCAAAUGCAAACAAUGUCAAUGGCAUGCCGUUGAUCCACCACAACAACAACCACAGCAGUAGCAUGAACGUCAGUGCAAUCAGCGUUGACGCUGGCUUUCCUGCCGCCGCUGCCGCCGCCGCUACAUUUGGCACACAACGCUGCAAGAAACGCUACUUUGCGAGCGAUGAUGACUAUGCCAACUGCGACUUGCUCAACGGCUGUGACAGUGGCGUGGGUGCCGACGGUCGUGAUGUGUGCGUCGCCGCUGCCGCCAAGCGUUGCCGCUUCGAUGAUGACUACGCUGCCGCGCAGUACUGUAAUGAUUUCUUCUCACUCCCCUCUACACAGAUUGGCACACAAUCGUGUCUUAUGGACACCGAGGACACACAACAACUACAACAGCAACAGCAGCAACCACAGGUAGAUGUCAAUAUGGACGCUGCAAAUCUCACCAAUCAAACAAUCAACAAUGCGACAAGUAAUAUACACUUUAUCACACAACAACAACAACAACAACAGCACGCUGAGCAACAGCAACAACAGCAAGUAAUAAAUACUGCACAAUCACCUCCAGUAGUUGUAUACCAGCAACAACAUAAUUAUCAAGGCGUCGAAGAAGGUCAAGGCGGAUCUGCUCGUCAUCAAGAUUGCGACAACACUUUUUUGGAAUACACAAAAACAAACCGUUUUAACAAUGCUUUGGAGAAAAAACUACAACUUUUGGCUUAAAGGAAAGUACUCUUCUUCAUACAAAAUAUCACCUUCCUAUUGACCUACUCUCAUGUGAGCCAGCAUUAGAAAAUUUUUUAAGGGUGUGUGCAUUGCACUUAACAGUUGCAUGUACAUAUGUAUAUGUUAAAACUGUACUACAUAUACAUAUGUAAGCCACACAUGGUGAGUACACACAAACAUAUUUGGGCUUCAUACACACGGCAUCCAUAUGCAGCAGAUGUUUGCACUUCAACUGUCCAAAAUGCUGGGAUAAUGCGUGAGAAUACAACACAUGGAUAUUAGAUUUUUCUGAAAAACACGUUUAAAAAAUACAGUUCAGUUAAUGAAUUGUAAAAUAAUAAUAAUAACAAAUAGUAAAUUACUCAGUGAUUUUUUCUUUUCACUUCACCUCUGCAUAUGCCGAAAAGUGAAUAUCUGCGUUUAAGUUCUUUUACAUAUAUGCAUUAGGGUGCCCCACUAAAAAAAUUAUGCGUUUUUUCCAGUGGUAUUAUAAAAUUGA